AUGGUGUUAACAGAGGGCUUUCAGGCUGCAGGAAGCGAUAAGAAGCUUUAUAAAGCGAUUGACAAGUCGCUGGAGAGUCGUUAUCAGGACGAUCUGGCGUUUGGGCGAUCCUUGGAGUCCAGUUCGGUUAUACCUCAGGAACCAUCACCAUUUGGGCCACUAGACCACCCAUUUUCACGCAAAACAUUUGCAUAUAUUGUGGCAACACUAAAUGCAUCUCAUCCAGAUCAUGAUUUUAGUAAUUUGCAGCCACAGGACUUUCGUAAGGAGCGCUCGCUGGCGAUGACGCUAAAUAUGUUGAAUACAACAUUGCUUAACCUAAGCCGACAGAGGUUUGCAACAUGUAGUCUGUGGGAGGUGAUUGACAAGCAUAUUGACUUGUCACAGUGCGAUAUUUAUGUAUACCAGCCUGACAGUGACUCAGACCCGUUGGGAAGUGAUGGGUUGAUAUGGAGCACAUGUUAUUUCUUUUUUAACCGUGCUAUGAAGCGUGUUCUUUACAUUAAUCUCAGUACAGUCUCAAUUCAACGUUCAAGACGUGUAGAUGACGAACUAGAUGAUGACGACACUCUUUCGAGUGAGAAAGGGUAUAUGUAUAGCGAGUAUGAGCAUGAUAUUGCUAGAAAGAUGGAUGUUUAA